CAAACGUUUAUCUCCGUUGUUCCGUUUUUAUGGGGGCACCUAUAUAUUAAGGUCCCCGAGGCCCAUCCUUUUCUCCAAGCUUAUUGUUUCUUAUCUCUCUAGACCUUUCUGAACGUUCUGUAUCUCUCCAAUUUUAACAUUAUUGUUGUUAUUAUUGUUAUCAUUAUACAUGGCGUUCAAAAAAACCCUAGCUCAGCGCCUAUUCAAUUUUACCAAACUCUCAUCGCAAACCCUCACCAAUUGCCGGAUUUCAUCUGCCUCCGUUCACGCGAGGGUCGCUUCCGCCGCCUGCUCUGGAGAUCGUGACAUCGCUCCGGACCCAGGAGAUAAUGGCGUCUUCCGGAGGUUCCUUCAUAAGCGACCUGGGUUCGAGCCGGAGCUUCGAUCGCCGUCUGCCCACGGAAACAUUAUGGAGAGGUUGAGGGCAAUGGACAUUGCUAGAAACCGCAUUCGAUUGGAGGGGCUGAGGCCGCCGGCGAUGGAGGAGAAGGAGGACGAGGAGGUGGAGGAGUUGGGAGUGACGGCGGAGGAUGCUCGGAAGUUGCUGAAGGCGGCGCAGGUGGAGAUGGUGAAAUCGAAGCUUAAAGAGAUCCGAAAGAGCUGCAUAACGUUACACGAGUUCAUUCGGAUCUGCUCCGAGAAUUGCUCCGAUCAGGAUCAAGCGGUUACGAUUGCAAGGCUGCUCGAUGAUUCUGCGGCUGUGAUUAUUUUAGGAGAUGUCGUUUUCGUCAGGCCAGAACAGGUAGCAAAAGCCAUUCAAGAUCUACUCCCUCUGCGAGGAGGAGCCAAGGUGCAUGACUCUGUUAGGAGAGAAUUCGAAGAAAUGGAGAAACAGAAGUCAGCCAUCGACGGCAGAGCCCACACCCUUGUUCGGCGGGAGCUCUGGGGCGGGCUGAGUUUCCUAGUGGUUCAGACGCUGACAUGCAUGAGGCUCACCUUUUGGGAGCUAACAUGGGAUGUGAUGGAGCCAAUAUGCUUCUAUCUGACAUCUUUGUACUUCAUGGCUGGGUAUACAUUCUUCCUUAGGACCUCAAUAGAACCUUCCUUUGAAGGCUUCUAUCAAUCCCGCUUCAGCACCAAGCAGAAGCGCCUCAUGAAGCUUAACAAUUUUAACAUUGAAAGGUUUAAUGAGCUCAAAGCUGCAUGCUCUCCUCCCUCCAGUUCCAUACCUCCAAAGAUUGAUUCCUCCAUUGCUCACCCAUUUGACAAGACUCUCUAACAGCAUUGAUUGGAAGGAAAGAUAAAGGUAAUUUGAGGCCUUGGAAAAAAACUAAAACAUGAAAGGCCUUGAGUAUUUUUAUUCCUAUUCACUGACUGAGACUGUAGCAAAUAAGUAGAAAAAAACUUGUGGGUUCAACGCCCUCUCAGCUGAUUCCAGGACAUGAAAUUAUCAUCCUCCGAAAAAGACAUGGGAAAAAAGAUAAUCAACAAUAUUUGCGUUUUCCCGUGAGUUAGAAUUAGUGUGCGGCCCUAUGUACAACGGAUGCAGAGUGUUGUUUCCAAACUUUUUCAUUGCUAAAUUAAAUGGCAAGGAUUUAGUUAUAGUAAAAGACCAGCCUAUGAGCUCUUAUCCAAUAGGUACACUGUAGAGGCAUUUCAGAGUUGCCAAUGUUAAUAGAAAUCACAUUAUAAACAAAGAUAUAAGUCACAUAUCAAGAUCUUCUAGGAAGAUGAAAAAGUAAGAAACUAAAGUCUUAAUUAUUUUUAAAUUAAGAUAGUGAAAUAUA